GAAGCCGCAGCUGCUUAUUUGUUUUCGGAAAGUCUCGACGAACGGAUCUACCUUGGGUGCAAGAGGGAACCACUUUCGCUAUCGCCAGUGCUGUUGGUGUGAUACAUUCCAUCUGGUAAGGACGACCGGGUUCGUCGCGUGUGGCUUGAAGUUCUUUUGUUCAGUGCCAGCAGUGAGCUUUGAAGUGAUAGUGUGAUUAUCCGGAGCGGUGUCAACCAGUGAACUUUGAACGCGUUGCUGCAGGACGAGGCCAUACUGCUUACGAGCAUGAAGAACAUGUUAUUACUGAUUCCCCUAGUGGGACUCGUGUCGCUAGCAACCGCCCAAUACGGCCCAGCCCCACCCCGAAUCAAUAUCCCCGGUGCCAUCCCGCUGCCAGUAGUACGUGGUGUGCCGAUCCGCGAGGAGCGAGUGCUUCCCCCACAGCCCCAAAUCCUUCGCGUGCGCCGACCGGGCUCCGCGCCUAUCCGCACCCUGAUUCCCAACUCCAUCCAAAUAUCCACCCCCAAGUUCCUCGAGCCGGAAGCGAAACCCGUUACCGAAGACCACGAAGAACACGAACUCUCCCAACCCUUCAUCCCGAUUAUCCACAGCUCCCCCGCCCCUCCCCAGCACUCCAUCCCCGAUGAUCAUGACGAACAACGUGACAUUCAACAGAACAUCCUUUCCCGCUUCAACUCACAGGAGAACCGACCUGCCCCCAUCCCGCGUGCCCAGAUUCCAGAGCGUUUCUUCGCCACCGACAAGGAUAUCCCGUCCAACGCUCAACGGUUUGCCAUAACCUCGGAACGUCCCGUCGCUCCAGCCCCAGCCCCCAAGCAGUACCGUCCGGCGCCCCAGCAGGUCAUCUCUCGGCCGGCCCCGGUCCGCCAGCAACAGCAGCACUAUGACGAAGACCGGCCGCACAGCCGACAACAGCAGGAGGAUGAGCGUCGCCGCAAACCGGUGGCCCAGAUCCUGCGGAAGUGGCGCGAAGAACACGAGGACGGUUCCAUCACCUGGGGCUUCGAAAACGACGACGGUUCGUUCAAGGAGGAAACCAUCGGAAUCGACUGCAUUACCCGUGGAAGCUACGGCUAUGUCGAUCCUGACGGUGAGAAGCGUGAUUUCACGUACGAAACGGGCAUCAAGUGCGAUCCAAACAAGCGCGACGAGGAAGACGAGGAAGAAUUGGAAGAGGAACUUCAGUACAAAAACAUCCCGUCCAAGUCGAAACGGCCCCAGCCCCAGCAGCAACAACAGCAAUACUAUAGAAAUUAAGACAUACCGCUGAUGGGCUGUCUACGGACUGAAUUACAAAGAGUUUUAAGAGUGCAGGAGAUUUCUCAUCGUUAACAUAAGAGGAAGCAAGCCAACAGUAUCUUCAGAUUGAAUUGCGUUCAGCUGUAUCUUCGUCAUUAGGAUUGUAUUUAUUUUACACUUACGACUUAAGAAUUCUAAAAAAGAGAAAAAAGAUUCCCCUUAGGAAAACACGAAAAA